UACACGAGAGGUCUAGAGAAAAAACCUCCGAUGGAGAAGAAAGACGGACACAUUGGGCCGCACCGUUAUUAGGUGGGAUUUUGUAGGCAUUGUUUGGUACCCUCAGACUCGUGCAUAAUGUCAAGUCAACGACAAUAAUUUACACAAGGAAGCUUCUCUUCAUUUUCUCCUCUAAUUCCUCUUCUUCAAUGCCUGUUCAGUUCUUCUAUUUAUUUAGAUAAAGGGAAACAAACACUUGGAGAGAAAAUCAACGAGGGAAAAAGUAUCAUGGUGACUUAUGAUGUUUUUCUUAGCUUUAGAGGCAUAGAUACCCGAAAAAACUUCACUGGUAAUCUCUACAACUGUCUUCAGCAUCAAAGAGUUACGAGGAAGGAUGUUUUUGCCGGUUUUUUAUGAUGUGGAUCCAUCCCAUGUUAGAAACAUAACUGGUACUUAUGCUGAAGCUUUUGCAAAACAUGAGGUGAGGUUUAGAGGUGAGAAGGAAAAGUUGCAGAAAUGGAGGAAUGCUUUGCAGCAAGCUGCUAGUGUAUGUGGAUGGCAUUUCAUACCAGGACCAGGGUCUGGCCCUGGGUACGAAUAUAAGUUGAUUGGAGAGAUAGUUGAAUAUGUCUUUGAAAAGAUCAACCACGAAAAAAUUGAUGAAUUGAAAGAUGGUGCUAAAGAAUUCUUUGAUGAUUUGGAAGAAAGUGUUAAAGAAAUCAUUGAUGAUUUGGAAGAAGAUGUUAAAGAAAUCGUUGAUGAUUUGGAAGAAGGCUAUGAUGAUUUGAAAGAAGAUGUUAAAGAAUUCUAUGAUGAUUUGGAAGAAGGGGUGAAGGGUAUUUUUCUAAAUAUUGUUAGUUUCUUUGAUUCUAAUUAGUUUUUUACUUUUAUGAGAUUCUAAAUUUAUUUGUUUUUUUUUUUUUUGUAUUUAUUUUCUUUGCAAUUCAAGAAUUAAUUAUUCACAUAUGAUUUUGUUAAAUAUGCUUGGAUCUCAUCCCAAAAGCUAGCUCAAAGGGUGAGGUUGCUCUCGCAUAUUUAUACACUUCACAUUCCGGGAACCUAAACAAUGUGGAACUUCAAACAAACUCCGACAACACAAUUACACAAACAACAUAUUCAACACCCACCCUCACGCAUAGCGUGGUCCUGAGUCAGAUGCCCACAUUGCAGUCCUUAACCCGGCUCUGAUACCAUGUAAAAUAUGCUUGGAUCUUAUCCCAAAAGGUAGCUCAAAUGGUGAGGUUGCCCUCACAUAUUUAUACACUUCACAUCCCGAGAACCUAAACAAUAUGAGACUUCAAACAAACUCCGAUAACAUAGACAACAUAUUCAACAGAUUUCACCCUAGCCGCCGUCGUGUUUACAUUCCGUUCACAACAACCGCUUUUGUGUGCAGUACUAGUGUUCAUUACACGUUAUUGUUCAUCAUCUAUGGUAGUGUUCAUUUAAAGGUCCUUCCAGUAUUAUAAUGUUUCUUUAUUCUUAAUGACGAUCACCCACCUUCAAAUUUCAUCGUGAAUGCAAAUAGUCAUAGUUUGGGCCAUACUAUUUUCCAAGGUUGGAAUUUACAUAAUCUUCCAUGGCAUUCGAAUUGGAAAAACAAUGAUGAAGGUGAGGGUCAUGUGUAACACCCUGAAUUUUAGAAAUAUUUAUUUAAAUAGACUAUAGUAAAAUAUUGUGUGUUUAUGUAUUUAUUUAAGGUAAAACAUUCAUUAAUUGGAGAGUUACGUAGUAGAAGAAUUAAGAGAAAUACAUCGGGUGGGUAUUAUCUCUGUAACUCCUUGGUACCAUAAAAUACAAGUAUUUUGGAUAGGAGUAGUAGGUCUGACGGAAAACACUACUCCUCCAUAAUAUUUUAUAAACAAAAAUGUACUUUAUAAAUUAAUUGUAUAUUUGAUGUAUUUUAUAUAUUACAGAUAAAAGUAUAUUUUAUCUUUUGUGUGUGGAAGAGAGUCGAGAGAAUAUGUAAUAUUCUUUAAUAUAAUGACAUAUUUUUUGGAAGUUUGUCCCGUGGUUUUUCUCACAACUUGGAGACAUCAUUGCGAGAAAAGUCAUACAAGUGCACGAAAUAACUAAAUAUUUAAACAUGCGUCAAUAAAUAAAGCAAGACAAAUCAACGCGCGGAAUCAACGUGACAAAGUACGACCAUAAUGUUUUUGAGAUGGGAAUUUAAGAUUUUAGCGACGACCCGCCAGAAUCAAGUUCCAAAAUAGAAAUUUCAAUGCUUUGAAUAGAAUUCGGUACAAAUAAAAAAUCACGUAAAGAUAAAUUGAGAGUUGUUUUGAGAGAAGAAGAUAAUUAUUCAUUCAUUGAUUUUGUUUCAAAUGAGGCACAAUGCCUUAAAUACAACCACAAAGGCUACAAAGGUAAAUUGACAUAAUAUAAUACAACUAAUAUUUAAAAUACUAAUAACCUAAUACUUAAUACUCCCUCCAUUUUUUUUAUAAGGAACACUUUGUGAAAAAAAUUUGGUUUUUUUUUAUAAAAAUUUGACCAAUUUUCAAAUGUUUUAAAGGUUUAAUUUCAUUUAUGCUUUUACUUAUUUUUGAACAAGAUUAUGCUCUUAUUUAUUAUGAGAGAAAAUUUAAAAGUAAGUUAGUUGGAUUAAAAGUAAUUAAAUAUGGGUAUAUAUAAAAUAAAUUUAAAUUUUUAAGAGUAUUAAAU